AAAGCACAGAGCCCCCAUAACUCCGCUAACACCCUUCCAUCAUCCGGCACUCGGAAAGAACACACUGGGGUGUGCGGGCAGAGAGGAGGGGACUGGGGUAAAGGACAGACACACCAGCAGGACGGCACCACUGAGCGCAUUCCACAUCUUUUUUUCCCCCCCUGUCUCUCUGCUAACUGCGCUCUUUCAGAGACCGACAUCCCUGCUGAGGAGGGGGGAGCAUUUCUCCUGUACCACUGUGAAGGGAGAGAGAGGGAAUCAGCUGUGCUAGUAGGAUUCAGCUUUAGUUUAGUCUUUCUGUCUUCGUUUUUUGCCCUUCUCCCAUCCUUUCAUUCAGUGUUUUCUGUGAGACGACUAGCUGCUGUCAUCUCCUCCCACCACAUCCCUGAAACCUUCACAUUCACAUCCUCAAUCUCUCACGUGUUCUCAUUCCACUGAGCUCCAAUACUUAAUUCUCUCUCUCUUUCUCUCUCUCUCACUCAGACUCUCUCUCACACACACACACACACACACGCACGCACGCACACAGUGAAGCAGUUCUGUGUGAACAGACAGUGAGUGAAAGGGAGAGAGCGCGGGAGGAGUGUGAGUUUGUGCGUCUGUGUGUGCGCAUUUCUGAAGGAUCCAGUGACAGAGGCUGCGUCGGUGCUGGCGGAUUGCGUACGGCUUGGCUGCUGCCGUCUGCAAAGCCGAGCGCUCAGGAGCCGGGGACACGAGCACUGAACACGAGCACUGAACGCGACUGCUGAUCUGAAGAAGUGCGUGUGCAUGGGACACACAGGGAACUGAAGCGUCACUACAGGAAGAUAUGCAUUUUUACCGGAGCUAAAGCUUUAAGUCCCAGCACUGCAGCACACUGCAUCUCUCUCUCUCUCUCUCUCUCUCUCUCGCUCUUGCUUUCUCUCUCUGUCUCUCUCUCUCUCUCUCUCUCGCUCUCUCACAGAAAAAAAGAGGAAGAAAGCAGUUGCUUUUGAGUCUCCCCGUGUGUCACACAGGAUUCGCUCCGACAGUAUCGCCCUGGAUUCUGCCCGGAUUCAUCACUUCCCCUCUGUGCCGCUGAGACCUGUCUCUCAGGGGAGAAACGCAUACUGGAUUUACCUCCUUCAACUGGAUUGCCAUUGGCUUUUUGUUUUGUGAAAAGCCUCUAACUACAUCCUUAGGGAAAGCUGCGUUCAGUAACACAGCAAGACCACGCUCACUGGAGUCCCUUAGCAACAGCUGAAGGAGUUUAUUAAUUAAUUUGCGUUUUUAUUUAAGCUUGUAUUUAUUUGUCCUGCUGCCCUGGUUUUGGCGUAGGCUCUUUGGACAUAUGCGAGGAGAUGGAUUGGGAGCUCUGAACAAACAUGAGAGAGGGGGGCGACAGAAACGGUGAGGACAAUCAGGUCUCUGUCGUCCUGGGCUCUGGGGUCCUUCACUUCCCCUUUCCUGUUUUCCUUAAUAUUUUGCUCAUCUUUGCAGCAAAUGUCAAAGACGAGUCUCAGAGUCUCCACCAUUCUUCAGAAUUUGGUCUCUUCUUUUUCUUGGCUGUAAAAGCUGCAGUGCUGAUAGUGUUGAUUCCUUGUUACCCCCUUCCACUGUCCCUCCUCUCUGAGUGAGAAAUGAAGGACACGUUUCAGAUGUCCCAGAAGAAAUGAUCAUGUGCAGAAACAGCUUUUCAUGUGGUCCUUUUGGAGAUCACUCCAUUUUUAAUCAGAUCUGAAGGAACAGGAGCAGGAUGUGUGGCACUACGUGUAGCAUCUUCUGAAUUCAUUACAUUUUUUUUUACAUUUGUUUUUUUUUUUUGCGUAUGUCGAUGGAAAAGCUUACCCUGAAGACAAACAAUGAAAAACAAAUCCAGUCAAACAAUUGAGUUACUGCUGGGAUCUCUAUUUUUCUAUUAGACAUGGAUAUUCUAUUUCUUUUGGACAGGUCAUCAUGAAAAGCUUGUGCCUGUCAACAAAUGAUGUUCUUCUUACUUUUAAAAAUAAUUACUUAAAAUUGAUUUUAAGGGCAAACAUGACAUGGAAAAUGACAAUUUCAAAGUAGACUAGUGCCUCUGCUGUAAAUCUCCAGACACACAGACGCACACACAAACACGCACGCACACACAUACACACACACACACACACACACACAAACACAUACACACACACACUCGCAGUGAUGAGAGGGCCAUCUGUUUCAUCACUUUAUCAUACACGGUUUUUCUUAAUUUCUGCUUUUUAUUUUCUGUUUUAAUGAGCCUGGUCUAGAGUUGUUUGUUCUCAUUGUUUUGUUGUUUUUUUCUACAUAUAAUUUGUUUCACUGGUGAAAACCCAUGGAUCUACACGAGUAAUACACGCAACUACGCAGGCAAGACGAGCUCUUUUGGCUGCCCAGGUGCUUUUAAGAUGUUGAGAUCUCCCUGCAUCCCCGGGGCUCCUGUUGGGAUCAGUAGUACCGUGGCUCUUGGUGGCCAGAGACAUGGACCCCGAAUCGGCUCCCCCCCGACCACAGCGUGCCGCCCCUUGGCCCCACGUCACCCUGUGAAGGAUGUCCCACAGUGCAGCUCCGGUCCAGGAUAUCUCUGAGACCCCCAGCCAGAGAGAACGAAUCCGCAGCCACAUGAAGAUGGUGAUUGACAAGCUGGAAGGAAUUCUCACUGAGCUCAAGGAUGUGGCCAAGGAGCUUCGGGAGGUUGUGGGUCAGAUCGAUAAGUUGACGGCAGACUUUGACUUUGACCUUGAGCCGGAUGACUGGACAGUGGCCACAGUGAGCAGCACGUCCAGCAGUGAACGGGGGCUCAGCGACACCUUCAGGCUCGACCUCUUCAACCCAGAUGUGCUCUCCGACAGCUGGGACUUCUCCAGUUUCCUGGAGACCCCAUCUUUGAGUUCCACCCCAACGCCAAAGCCAGCAUCGCGGCCAGGGGAAACCGAGCCAGGGGUGGAGCCCGCGACCAAUGCAACGGCUGCAACACCUUACUCUCAGAUGAACGGGGGCCUCCCCAUCCCCAAUGGCCCCCUGAUUGUAACACCAGACUCAUCCAGCGAAGAGGCCACAAGCUCCACCUACAGCCACAAGACCUCUCGGACCUCCGGAACCAGGGAGCGAGUUCGAUUCAGCGACAAGAUCCUGUACCACGCGCUGUGCUGCGACGAUGAUGAGGAUGAGGGGGAAGAGGACGGCGGCCAAGCCACGCCCGACAGCGAGCUCAGCCCCCCCAUCACCUCACCCACGCCCACGCCCUCGCCCCCUGAACAUGUUCUCCACAACUGUUUGGACUCCUCUUCGCUCCCAACUCCCGUAAGGGCUGGGAGAGGUCAGGGGGCCACAGGGACCCCCGCACCCCCCAGGAAAAGCCUCCUUAACCCUGGCUGCCGGAAAAAACUGUUGCGGAACAGCAGCACACAGACUGUCUCAGACAAAAGCACCCAAACUGUACUGCCCUACAUCCCUGUGAAACAGAAAACUAAGGACCAGCACUGAGAAUCAACAAAAACAAAAACUUUAACAAAACAAAUAGAGAAAACAAACUCUGUACUAUUUAAUAUUAAAUACAUAGAUAAUAGAUUAAUACAAAGAAAUACGUUACUUACUAAAUAAAUAAAUGAUAUAUGGGAAAUUGUUUGCCUUCAUAACGUCAUUCUGAGCCUCAGGGAAACAAAGACAACGAAAUUAUUUUCUGUAGUAGAACACUAUUUGCUCCCAAUAACAGGAUUUAAACCAUGGGUGGAGUGUAACAACGUAGCACAUUUCUACAUAUAACAAGAGGCUCCUACCUGAAGCGUCCAGCAUUCACUAAAGCACUGUCCCUCACACUGUUCACUAUUCACAAAAUAUUAGCAUAGAAAUGUGAGAAUUUUUUCCAUGUGCAAACAUAUAUGCUGUAAGUAUAUAUUUUGAGUAUGUGAUUGCAUAGCAUUUUCUUUACAAAAUCAUGCAUACAUCAUAGCCAGUUUCUUAAAAUAUCACAGUGAUGCCUUGCAGUAAACAUAAAAGGUUGGGUUCAUUUUCGCUCCAAGAGAGAUCACACUUUACACAAAGAGUACUGUGCAAAAUCUUCUAUCAAGCAUGUCUAUCCCUUUCAUUAAGAUGUUGUGAUAUCAUUAUAGAUCAUUCCUAAAUAAAUUAGAUUAUUUAGCAAGGAUGAUAUAGCACAUGCUAUAUUGUUGGCCUCAUUCUCAGAACACAUGAUGUCAUAUGACCUAAAUCCUGCACACAUUCAUAUGAAGAGUUUAUUAAUGUGUUUCGGAGUUCCUCAUAAUUGUUAAAUAAUUUCAAUUUGAUGGAACAUGUUUUUUGUUGUCCUGUACCAUUUUUACUCUUUCCAUUCUUUGAGGGGACAAGGUCAUUGGAUGAAAUAUUUUAACCUGCACUGUACACAACAAAAAGUUGCCUGUCUCCUCUUUCUAAGUCUGGGGUUUGACUCCUUAGAGUUGUAUUUUCCUGGCAGAAGUUGCCAGUUGAUCAAUAUAUACAUUACAGGGAACACCCAGUCUCCAUCAUACCUGUGAUAGAGGGAUGAAAAGACAGAGAGUGAAAAUGUGAGAAAGGUCAUGCGGGAGUGAGACAGAGGGAGAUGGAAGGAAACAAAAGAUGGAAGGAGACAAAACAUUAAUGGAUGCAGAAUUGCCAUCUCCAGACAGAUUGUUCUUAAUUAAUCCUCCAUCCAUGCUGAUUUUCCACAGAACUGCUCCCAGCCCUCAUGGCUGACUCAUCCCCCUGA